AGUUUACUUGUUAAUAGUUGACCAACGGGAGCAGUUAGACUGGUAAUGUCACAAUGAAUGUCGAAAAUUUAAUUGUUUUAAACUGCGAAGAUUUGUGGCCGAAUGGUUGAUUCUUUCCUUCGCAGCCACAAAAUUGUGCAGACAGGAUGACUGCUCAGGAACAGAUGAGGAAGAUGUUAGACCAGCUCAUGGGAUCCGGUAGAGAUGGUAACCCAGAGUCAGCUGGAGUACACUUUACUGACCCCACUGUGUGCAGGGCCUUUAUGACCGGUCUCUGCCCUCAUACUCUCUUUACUAAUACGAAAAUGGAUCUGGGGGAGUGUCCAAAGGUUCAUUCUGAAGCACUUCGAGCUGAUUUUGAUGAAGCAAACAAGAAAAAGAACUAUGGAUUUGAGAAAGAGGCACUAGCAUUGCUGGAUGACUUCUUAAGAACGUGUGAUCGCAAAGUAGAAGCAGCAAAGAAACGUUUAGAGGAUCAGGAACUAGACCCCGAAAGUGAAUCAAGGGCAAACAAAGUGCACGAUAUUGCUGAACAGAUCGGACAGAAACUCGCCAAAGCUGAACAACUUGGAAACGAGGGUAACGUCGACGAAAGCGUGGCCCUGCUGACAGAAAUUGAGAAACUCAAAUCAGAAAAACGUCAAGCUGAGGAGGAAUACCGAAACAACCUCCCUCAACCCCAGCUACAGCAACAGAAACUGCGCGUUUGUGAAAUUUGCGCGGCUUAUCUGUGCCUCUACGACAAUGACAGAAGUAUUGGGGGGCCUCGUGUAAACGUGGGGUUGGGUGUCGACACUUCGCUCUCCAAGUGCGCGCCUGGGAUAACACUUGACGAUCACUGCAACGCUGUGGGCAAGGCAGUCGUAGCUGCCAGCAAAUCUCAAAAGACUGCUCAAGUGUUAGCUGACCAUUUCGGAGGUAAACUACACAUGGGUUUUAUUCAAAUCAGAGAAAAACGCAAUGUCCUCGAGAAAUUGGUGGACGACAAGAGUCUCCAGCAAGAAGGUACAAUGGACAGAGAAACAUUUACAGCAAAAAGUAAUGAUUACAACAGACAGCCGAGUAGAGGCAGUAAUUAUAACAAUGGGAGGAGUAGACGCGAAUAUAGUUACAGUGCAACCUACAGAAGGCAAAGAUCCCGAAGUAGAAGCAGUGAUCGUUCGAGGAGGAACCGUUCCCGUUCUCCCCGUCGGAGAUCUAAGUCAAGAGAUCGGAGAUCGCGGUCCAGGGACAGGCGUUCAAGAGACAGAAGAUCCAGGUCAAGGUCAGGGAGACGUUCACGUUCACCCAGAAGAAGAUCGAGGGAUAGGUGAAUUAAAGCUAUUCAACCGAUGUGAAACGUUACAGCUCCAGCAGAUCUUCCUCGUCCUCUUCCUCCUCCGCAAGCGGUUCCAGUGCAAGCUCCAGGUCCAGAAGUAGGUCCAGGGCCAGAUCCAGAUCUCGGUGAAGACGCAAACCAGACACGAUGUCCUUUAUAUUCUCUCUGUCCACAACAGCUGCCCAGUAAAUUGAUAAUUGAUAAUGUUUCUGACAUGAACAUUUGUCAUCCGGCAGAGUGGAAAUUUAUUUGCUGAUAAGAAGAUGGUUAUCCAUAUUUUGUAUUUGAAUAUGAAUUGAGUCCGUUCGUAAGAUUAUUGUAAUUGUUUCUCGUUUUCGUUUUGUAACGUAUCGUGAAUUGUGGGUGAUUUUUGUUUCCUGAUCUUGCUUUUAUGUAAAAAAUGUUUAUCUGAAGAGAAACGCAUUUUUGAAGCUAAUUUUUCUCAGAAGUAUGGAAUUAUUUCAUUCCUUCUUAAAUCAUCUUGCAUAUCACUCAACUUUUAUAUGAAUUAUAAAGAUUUUAAGUUGUGGUAUACCUUGAAUAAACAGCACAAGUUUGCUAUAGUGAAUUCAUUUGCUAUGAACAUGGUUAACUGACUGAUUUACCCCUCGAGGUCUUAA